AUGGUCUGGGACAAAGAAUACCAAGGUAAUCAAUCACCCUUUUUUCAAGAAUAUAGACGUUUAGAGAAUGUAGGAGUUUUUAAACUCAAGGCAAAUGCAUUUUCAUUUCUAAAUAUAGCUAGAGAGAAUACACAUACCGAUAGAGAAGACAGAAUGAACAUGGCGCUUUCUACAGCGGUGAAGGACGGUGAUCUUGUAAAGACAAGGUCUAUUCUGGAAGACGAGACAGGUGAUACUAACCUAGUAAUGCUACGCAGUGUGGAUUCCGAUGGAAAGACACCCCUCCACAUCGCUUCAGAAGAAGGACAUAUUGACCUCGUGAAAUAUAUGAUCGAUUUGGGGGCGGAUAUAGAAAAGAAAAGUAGAAGUGGCGACGCCCCUCUUCACUAUGCGUCUCGGAGUGGUCGCCAGAAUGUUGCUCAAUAUCUCAUCGGGAAAGGAGCAGAUACCAAUAUUGGUAAUAGCAAUGGCUAUACACCUCUCCAUCUUGCUUCGGAGGAGGACCAUGUUGGUGUUGUAGAAUGUUUAGUGAAAUCUGGAGCAGAUAUAAACAAAGUUUCAUGUGAUGGUUCUACACCCCUUUAUACUUCAGCAAGAAAGGGUCGUCUUGAUGUGGUGAAAUAUCUCAUAACUCGGGGAGCAGAUAUGACAUUGAAGGGAUAUGAAGGUAAAACUGCUCUUAGUACUGCGGCUUCCUGUGGUCAUCUCGAUGUAGUUAAAUAUCUCUUAACUGAAGGUGCAAAUAUCAACAUGGAUGACAACAGCAAGUACACACCACUUCACGCGGCAUCAAAAGAGGGCCAUCUUUAUGUUGUAGAAUAUCUAGUGAAUGCAGGAGCCGACAUCAAUGAAUCAUCUCUAAAUGGUUACACUCCGCUGUCAACCGCAUUUAUAGAGGGACAUCGGGGUAUUGUUGAGUUUCUUAUGAUUAAGGAAGCAGACAUUGGCAACAGAGAUUACGUCAGUCCACUUGUGCUUUCCAAAGCAUCAUCAGAGGGCGACCUCGAUGCUGUAAGGUAUAUAAUAACUAAAGGGGGAAACUUCGAACUGGGAGAUAGAAAUGGUUUCACACCACUUCAUCACGCGUCACAGAAUGGUCAUCUCCACGUUGUUGAAUGCCUGGUGGAUGCAGGAGCAAAUGUCAACAAAUCAUCCAAUAACGGACACGCACCUCUCUAUACUGCAUUGAUUAAAGGUCACCUUGACAUUGUAAAAUAUCUUAUCCUUACAUCGGCAGAUAUUGGGAUCAGAGAUGACAUCGGCACAAACGCAAUUAGUCAUGCGUUUAUUUAUGGGCAUCUCGAUGUUUUAAAAUAUCUCAUCGGUAAAGUUGAUGACCUUGAUAGGUGUGAUGUUGAUGGUAACACACCUCUUUAUCUUGCAUCAAAUAUAGGCCUUCUCGAACUUGUUGAGUGCAUCGCGAAAAAAGGAGCAGAUAUGAACAAUGCAUCUAGACAUGAUGGUGUCACGCCCCUCUACGCCGCUUCACAAGGAGGCUAUCUCGAGGUAGUUGAGUGCCUCGUGAAUAAAGGAGCAGAUGUGAACAAAGCAUCAGGACAUGAUAAUGUCACGCCCUUCUACGCCGCUUCACAAGGAGGCUAUCUCGAGGUAGUUGAAUGCCUCGUGAAUAAAGGAGCAGAUGUGAACAAAGCAUCAGGACAUGAUGGUCUCACGCCUCUCUACGCCGCUUCACAAGGAGACUAUCUCGAGGUAGUUGAAUGCCUCGUGAAUAAAGGAGCAGAUGUGAACAAAGCAUCAGGACAUGAUGGUCUCACGCCUCUCUACGCCGCUUCACAAGGAGGCUAUCUUGAGGUAGUUGAAUGCCUCGUGAAUAAAGGAGCAGAUGUGAACAUAGCAUCAGGACAUGAUGGUCUCACGCCUCUCUACGCCGCUUCACAAGGAGGCUAUCUCGAGGUAGUUGAAUGCCUCGUGAAUCAAGGAGCAGAUGUGAACAAAGCAUCAGGACAUGAUGGUCUCACGCCUCUCUACGCCGCUUCACAAGGAGGCUAUCUCGAGGUAGUUGAAUGCCUCGUGAAUAAAGGAGCAGAUGUGAAAAAAGCAUCAGGACAUGAUGGUCUCACGCCUCUCUACGCCGCUUCACAAGGAGGCUAUCUCGAGGUAGUUGAAUGCCUCGUGAAUCAAGGAGCAGAUGUGAACAAAGCAUCAGGACAUGAUGGUCUCACGCCUCUCUACGCCGCUUCACAAGGAGGCUAUCUCGAGGUAGUUGAGUGCCUCGUGAAUAAAGGAGCAGAUGUGAACAAAGCAUCAGGACAUCAUGGUACACCGUUACAUGGAGCAACGGAAGGGGAACAUAUACUAGUUGUGAAAUACCUCAUGUCUAACGGGACAGAUCUAAAUACAUGUUGUGCUGAUGAUAAUAACUAUACCCUUCUUCAUAUUGCUGCAAAGACAUGUCACCUUGAUAUUGUUGAAUGUCUCGUAAAUGCAGGGGCAGAUGUAAACAAAGUCUCACACGAUGGUUACGCACCACUGGGCAUAGCAUUACGUUAUGAACAACGGGAAAUAGCAGAAUUUCUCAUGGCAAAGGAAGCAGAUCUGGGACGUACUGAUACUUGCAAUAAUAUCCUCCAAAAUGCAACUUCCAAGGGUAAUAUCGAUGCUGUAACAUAUAUCAUACGUAAAGGAGUUGACGUUAAUACCAGUGAUGAAUAUGGUUUUACAUCCCUCUAUUACGCGACACGAAACGGACAUAUUGAUGUUGUUAAAUGUCUGGUGAAUGCAGGAGCUGAUGUCAAGAAAGCAGCAAAGAAUGGCGAGAAAUCUCUCUAUACGGCGUCAUAUAAAGGUCAUGUAGACAUUGUAAAAUAUCUAAUUUCUAAAGGCGCCAACCCAAAUUGUGUUGAAAACGAUGGUUAUACACCACUGUACAUUGCCUCACAAGAGGGUCAUCUAGAUGCUGUUAAAUGUUUAGUAAAUGCAGGAGCUCAUGUCAAGAAAGCAGCAACGAAUGGCGCGACACCUCUUUAUGCGGCAUCAUCUAAUGGUACAGUAGACAUUGUAAAAUGUCUCAUUUCUAAAGGGGCCGACCCGAAUUCGGUUGAUACCUAUAGUUAUACGCCCCUGUACAUUGCAUCACAAAAGGGCAAUCUUGAUGUUGUUGAAUGUCUAGUGAAUGCAGGAGCUGAUGUAAACAAAGCGAUAAAGAAUGGCGCGACACCUCUUCAUGCAGCAUCAUCUAACGGUAUAGUAGACAUUGUACAAUGUCUCAUUUCUAAAGGGGCCAACACAAAUUCGGUUGAUAAUGAUGGUUUUUCACCCCUGUACAUUGCCUCACGUGAGGGUCAUCUUAAUGUUGUUGAGUUUCUUGUGAAUGCAGGAGCUGAUGUCAAGAAAGCAUCACAGGAUGGCGCCACACCUCUUCAUGCAGCAUCAUCUAAUGGUGAAGUAGACAUUGCAAAAUGUCUCAUUUCUAAAGGAGCCAACAUGAAUUCGGUUUAUAACGAGGAUUUUACACCCCUCUACGCCGCUUCACAAGGAGGCUAUCUCGAGGUAGUUGAGUGCCUCGUGAAUAAAGGAGCAGAUGUGAACAAAGCAUCAGGACAUGAUGGUGUCACGCCCGUCUACGCCGCUUCACAAGGAGGCUAUCUCGAGGUAGUUGAAUGCCUCGUGAAUAAAGGAGCAGAUGUGAACAAAGCAUCAGGAAAUGAUGGUCUCACGCCUCUCUACGCCGCUUCACAAGGAGGCUAUCUCGAGGUAGUUGAGUGCCUCGUGAAUAAAGGAGCAGAUGUGAACAAAGCAUCAGGACAUGGUGGUCUCACGCCUCUCUUCGCCGCUUCACAAGGAGGCUAUCUCGGGGUAGUUGAGUGCCUAGUGAAUAAAGGAGCAGAUGUGAACAAAGCAUCAGGACGUGAUGGUCUCACGCCUCUCUACGCCGCUUCACACGGAGGCUAUCUCGGGGUAGUUGAGUGCCUCGUGAAUAAAGGAGCAGAUGUGAACAAAGCAUCAGGACAUCAUGGUACACCGUUACAUGGAGCAACGGAAGGGGGACAUAUACUAGUUGUGAAAUACCUCAUGUCUAACGGGACAGAUCUAAAUACAUGCUGUGCUGAUGAUAAUAACUAUACCCUUCUUCAUAUUGCUUCAAAGACAUGUCACCUUGAUAUUGUUGAAUGUCUCGUAAAUGCAGGGGCAGAUGUAAACAAAGUAUCACACGAUGGUUACGCACCACUGGGCAUAGCAUUACGUUAUGAACAACGGGAAAUAGCAGAAUUUCUCAUGGCAAAGGAAGCAGAUCUGGGACGUACUGAUACUUGCAAUAAUAUCCUUCAAAAUGCAACUUCCAAGGGUAAUAUCGAUGCUGUAAAAUAUAUCAUACGUAAAGGAGUUGAUGUUAAUACUAGUGAUGAAUGUGGUUUUACAUCCCUCUAUUACGCGACACGAAACGGACAUAUUGAUGUUGUUAAAUGUCUGGUGAAUGCAGGAGCUGAUGUCAAGAAAGCAGCAAAGAAUGGCGAGAAAUCUCUCUAUACGGCGUCAUAUAAAGGUCAUGUAGACAUUGUAAAAUAUCUAAUUUCUAAAGGCGCCAACCCAAAUUGUGUUGAAAACGAUGGUUAUACACCACUGUACAUUGCCUCACAAGAGGGUCAUCUAGAUGCUGUUAAAUGUUUAGUAAAUGCAGGAGCUCAUGUCAAGAAAGCAGCAACGAAUGGCGCGACACCUCUUUAUGCGGCAUCAUCUAAUGGUACAGUAGACAUUGUAAAAUGUCUCAUUUCUAAAGGGGCCGACCCGAAUUCGGUUGAUACCUAUAGUUAUACGCCCCUGUACAUUGCAUCACAAAAGGGCAAUCUUGAUGUUGUUGAAUGUCUAGUGAAUGCAGGAGCUGAUGUAAACAAAGCGAUAAAGAAUGGCGCGACACCUCUUCAUGCAGCAUCAUCUAACGGUAUAGUAGACAUUGUACAAUGUCUCAUUUCUAAAGGGGCCAACUCGAAUUCGGUUGAUAACUAUAGUUAUACACCACUGUACAUUGCCUCACAAACGGGCAUCCUUGAUGUUGUUGAAUUUCUAUUGAAUGCAGGAGCUGAUGUAAACAAAGCAAUAAAGAAUGGCAUGACACCUCUUUACGCGGCGUCAUCUAAUGGUGCAGUAGACAUUGUACAAUGUCUCAUUUCUAAAGGGGCCAACACAAAUUCGGUUGAUAAUGAUGGUUUUUCACCCCUGUACAUUGCCUCACGUGAGGGUCAUCUUAAUGUUGUUGAGUUUCUUGUGAAUGCAGGAGCUGAUGUCAAGAAAGCAUCACAGGAUGGCGCCACACCUCUUCAUGCAGCAUCAUCUAAUGGUGAAGUAGACAUUGCAAAAUGUCUCAUUUCUAAAGGAGCCAACAUGAAUUCGGUUUAUAACGAGGAUUUUACACCCCUCUACGCCGCUUCACAAGGAGGCUAUCUCGGGGUAGUUGAGUGCCUCGUGAAUAAAGGAGCAGAUGUGAACAAAGCAUCAGGACAUGAUGGUGUCACGCCCGUCUACGCCGCUUCACAAGGAGGCUAUCUCGAGGUAGUUGAAUGCCUCGUGAAUAAAGGAGCAGAUGUGAACAAAGCAUCAGGAAAUGAUGGUCUCACGCCUCUCUACGCCGCUUCACAAGGAGGCUAUCUCGAGGUAGUUGAGUGCCUCGUGAAUAAAGGAGCAGAUGUGAACAAAGCAUCAGGACAUGGUGGUCUCACGCCUCUCUUCGCCGCUUCACAAGGAGGCUAUCUCGGGGUAGUUGAGUGCCUAGUGAAUAAAGGAGCAGAUGUGAACAAAGCAUCAGGACAUGAUGGUCUCACGCCUCUCUACGCCGCUUCACACGGAGGCUAUCUCGGGGUAGUUGAGUGCCUCGUGAAUAAAGGAGCAGAUGUGAACAAAGCAUCAGGACAUCAUGGUACACCGUUACAUGGAGCAACGGAAGGGGGACAUAUACUAGUUGUGAAAUACCUCAUGUCUAACGGGACAGAUCUAAAUACAUGCUGUGCUGAUGAUAAUAACUAUACCCUUCUUCAUAUUGCUUCAAAGACAUGUCACCUUGAUAUUGUUGAAUGUCUCGUAAAUGCAGGGGCAGAUGUAAACAAAGUAUCACACGAUGGUUACGCACCACUGGGCAUAGCAUUACGUUAUGAACAACGGGAAAUAGCAGAAUUUCUCAUGGCAAAGGAAGCAGAUCUGGGACGUACUGAUACUUGCAAUAAUAUCCUCCAAAAUGCAACUUCCAAGGGUAAUAUCGAUGCUGUAAAAUAUAUCAUACGUAAAGGAGUUGAUGUUAAUACUAGUGAUGAAUGUGGUUUUACAUCCCUCUAUUACGCGACACGAAACGGACAUAUUGAUGUUGUUAAAUGUCUGGUGAAUGCAGGAGCUGAUGUCAAGAAAGCAGCAAAGAAUGGCGAGAAAUCUCUCUAUACGGCGUCAUAUAAAGGUCAUGUAGACAUUGUAAAAUAUCUAAUUUCUAAAGGCGCCAACCCAAAUUGUGUUGAAAACGAUGGUUAUACACCACUGUACAUUGCCUCACAAGAGGGUCAUCUAGAUGCUGUUAAAUGUUUAGUAAAUGCAGGAGCUCAUGUCAAGAAAGCAGCAACGAAUGGCGCGACACCUCUUUAUGCGGCAUCAUCUAAUGGUACAGUAGACAUUGUAAAAUGUCUCAUUUCUAAAGGGGCCGACCCGAAUUCGGUUGAUACCUAUAGUUAUACGCCCCUGUACAUUGCAUCACAAAAGGGCAAUCUUGAUGUUGUUGAAUGUCUAGUGAAUGCAGGAGCUGAUGUAAACAAAGCGAUAAAGAAUGGCGCGACACCUCUUCAUGCGGCAUCAUCUAAUGGUACAGUAGACAUUGUAAAAUGUCUCAUUUCUAAAGGGGCCGACCCGAAUUCGGUUAAUACCUAUAGUUAUACGCCCCUGUACAUUGCAUCACAAAAGGGCAAUCUUGAUGUUGUUGAAUUUCUAUUGAAUGCAGGAGCUGAUGUAAACAAAGCAAUAAGGAAUGGCAUGACACCUCUUUACGCGGCGUCAUCUAAUGGUGCAGUAGACAUUGUAAAAUGUCUAAUUUCUAAAGGGGCCAACACAAAUUCGGUUGAUAACGAUGGUUUUACACCCCUGUACAUUGCCUCACGUGAAGGUCAUCUUAAUGUUGUUGAGUUUCUUGUGAAUGCAGGAGCUGAUGUCAAGAAAGCAUCACAGGAUGGCGCCACACCUCUUCAUGCAGCAUCAUCUAAUGGUGAAGUAGACAUUGCAAAAUGUCUCAUUUCUAAAGGAGCCAACCUGAAUUCGGUUUAUAACGAUGGUUUAACACCUCUGUUCAUUGCCUCACGUGAGGGUCAUCUUAAUGUUGUUGAAUUUCUUGUAAAUGCAGGAGCUGAUGUCAAGAAAGCAUCACAGGAUGGCGCCACAUCUCUUCAUGCAGCAUCAUCUAAUGGUGAAGUAGACAUUGCAAAAUGUCUCAUUUCUAAAGGAGCCAACCUGAAUUCGGUUUAUAAAGAUGGUUUAACACCCCUGUUCAUUGCCUCACUUGAGGGUCAUCUUAAUAUUGUUGAAUGUCUAGUGAGUGCAGGAGCUGAUGUAAACAAAGCAAUAAAGAUUGGCAUGACACCUCUUUACGCGGCGUCAUCUAAUGGUGCAGUAGACAUUGUAAAAUGCCUAAUUUCUAAAGGGGCCAACACAAAUUCGGUUGAUAACGAUGGUUUCACACCCCUGUACAUUGCCUCACGUAAGGGUCAUCUUAAUGUUGUUGAGUUUCUUGUGAAUGCAGGAGCUGAUGUCAAGAAAGCAUCACAGGAUGGCGCCACACCUCUUCAUGCAGCAUCAUCUAAUGGUACAGUAGACAUUGUAAAAUGUCUCAUUUCUAAAGGGGCCGACCCGAAUUCGGUUGAUACCUAUAGUUAUACGCCCCUGUACAUUGCAUCACAAAAGGGCAAUCUUGAUGUUGUUGAAUUUCUAUUGAAUGCAGGAGCUGAUGUAAACAAAGCAAUAAGGAAUGGCAUGACACCUCUUUACGCGGAGUCAUAUAAUGGUGCAGUAGACAUUGUAAAAUGUCUAAUUUCUAAAGGAGCCAACCUGAAUUCGGUUGAUAACGAUGGUUUUACACCCCUGUACAUUGCCUCACGUGAGGGUCAUCUUAAUGUUGUUGAGUUUCUCGUGAAUGCAGGAGCUGAUGUCAAGAAAGCAUCACAGGAUGGCGCCACAUCUCUUCAUGCAGCAGCAUGUAAUGGUGCAUUAGACAUUGCAAAAUGUCUCAUUUCUAAAGGAGCCAACCUGAAUUCGGUUUAUAACGAUGGUUUAACACCCCUGUUCAUUGCCUCACUUGAGGGUCAUCUUAAUAUUGUUGAAUGUCUAGUGAAUGCAGGAGCUGAUGUAAACAAAGCAAUAAAGAAUGGCAUGACACCUCUUUACGCGGCGUCAUCUAAUGGUGCAGUAGACAUUGUAAAAUGCCUAAUUUCUAAAGGGGCCAACACAAAUUCGGUUGAUAACGAUGGUUUUACACCCCUGUACAUUGCCUCACGUGAGGGUCAUCUUAAUGUUGUUGAGUUUCUUGUGAAUGCAGGAGCUGAUGUCGAGAAAGCAUCACAGGAUGGCGCCACACCACUUUAUGCAGCAUCAUCUAAUGGUAAAGUAGACAUUGCAAAAUGUCUCAUUUCUAAAGGAGCCAACAUGAAUUCGGUUAAUAACAAUGGGUCUACACCCCUGUGCAUUGCCUCACAAGAGGGUUAUCCGCAGGUUGUCGAAUGUCUCGUGACUGCAGGAGCUGAUGCGAACAAAGCAGCAAAGAAUGGCACGACACCUCUUUAUGUGGCAUCAGGUAAAGGUCAUGUAGACAUUGUGAACUAUCUAAUAUCUCAAGGAGCAAACCCGAAUUCAGUUGUAAACAAUGGUCGUACACCCAUGUACCUUGCCUCAGAAGAGGGUCAUCUUGAUGUUGUUGAAUGUCUAGUGAAUGCAGGAGCUGAUGUAAACAUAGCAGCAGAGGAUGGCAGGACACCUCUUCAUGUGGCGUCAGGUAAAGGCCAUGCAGAUAUUGUAAAAUAUCUCAUUUCUCAAAGAGCGAACGCAAAUUCGGUUACAAACACUGGUCGUACACCCCUGUACCUUGCCUCAGAAGUGGGUCAUCUCGAUGUUGUUGACUUUCUAGUGGAUGCAGAAGCUGAUGUGGAGAAAGCAACGGAUAAAGGUUGGACACCUUUUCAUGUGGCAUCAGCGAACCCGAAUUCGGUUAAUAACAAUGGUUCUACACCCAUGUGCAUUGCCUCACAAGAGGGUCAUCUCCAGGUUGUCAAAUGUCUAGUGAAUGCAGGAGCUGAUGCGAACAAAGCAGCAAAGAAUGGCACGACACCUCUUUAUGUGGCAUCAGGUAAAGGUCAUGUAGAUAUUGUAACAUAUCUCAUUUGUCAAGGAGCAAACCCGAACUCGGUUAAAAACAAUGGUCAAACACCCCUGUACCUUGCCUCUAUAGAGGGUCAGCUUCAGGUUGUCGAAUGUCUGGUGAAGGCAGGAGCUGAUGUGAACAAAGCAACGGAUGAAGGUUUGACACCUCUUCGAGCUGCGUCAAGUUUGGGUCAUGUAGACAUUGUAAAAUAUUUAAUUUCUCAAGAAGCGAACCCGAAUUCGGUUAAUAACAAUGGUUCUACACCCAUGUGCAUUGCCUCACAAGAGGGUCAUCUCCAGGUUGUCGAAUGUCUAGUGAAUGCAGGAGCUGAUGCGAACAAAGCAGCAAAGAAUGGCACGACACCUCUUUAUGUGGCAUCAGGUAAAGGUCAUGUAGACAUUGUAACAUAUCUCAUUUGUCAAGGAGCAAACCCGAACUCGGUUAAAAACAAUGGUCAAACACCCCUGCACCUUGCCUCUAUAGAGGGUCAGCUUCAGGUUGUCGAAUGUCUGGUGAAUGCAGGAGGAGAUGUAAACAAAGCAACACAGAAUGGCGUGGAACCACUUCAUCUGGCAUCAGGUAAAGGUCAUGCAGACAUUGUGAAAUAUCUAAUAUCUCAAGGAGCAAACCCGAAUUCAGUUGUAAACGAUGGUCGUACACCCAUGUACCUUGCCUCAGAAGAGGGUCAUCUUGAUGUUGUUGAAUGUCUAGUGAAUGCAGGAGCUGAUGUAAACAUAGCAGCAAAGGAAGGCAGGACACCUCUUCAUGUGGCGUCAGGUAAAGGCCAUGCAGAUAUUGUAAAAUAUCUCAUUUCUCAAAGAGCGAACGCAAAUUCGGUUACAAACACUGGUCGUACACCCCUGUACCUUGCCUCAGAAGUGGGUCAUCUCGAUGUUGUUGACUUUCUAGUGGAUGCAGAAGCUGAUGUGGAGAAAGCAACGGAUAAAGGUUGGACACCUUUUCAUGUGGCAUCAGGUAAAGGCCAUUCUUCUAUUGUAAUAUAUCUCAUUUGUCAACGAGCAAACCCGAACUCGGUUACAAACAAUGGUCGUACACCCCUUUACCUUGCCUCUUUAGAGGGUCAGCUUCAGGUUGUCGAAUGGCUAGUGAUCGCAGGAGCUGAUACGAACAAAGCAGCAAAGAAUGGCACGACACCGCUUCAUGUGGCAUCAGGUAGAGGUCAUGUAGAUAUUGUAAAAUAUCUCAUUUCUCAUGGAGCAAACCCGAACUCGGUAACAAACAAUGGUACAACAUCCCUGUAUAUGGCCUCUCAAAAGGGUCAUCUUGAUGUUGUUGAAUGUCUAGUAAAUGCAGGAGCUGAUGUCACGAAAGCAGCAACUGAUGGUGAUCUACCACUUCAGGCUGCUUCCCGUUGGGGCUACCUUGACAUUAUCAAAUAUCUCAUUACGAAAGGAGCAGAUAUCGCGGCACGUAAUAGUUUCGGUUGGACAGUUUCUCAUUUCGCAGCAGAUAAUGGUCAUUUAGGAUCAUUGGAAUAUUUCCUGAAAAACAGGACCAACGGUACAUCGGGAAAAGGUCACAAUGCACUUAAAGUGGGACUUCAGACCUUAAAAGGUGUCACGCCACUAAUGGCUUCCGUAAUGGGAGGACAUGUGGACUGCGCACGUCUGCUGCUAGAAAACAAUGCAGAUAUUGAGACAGAAGAUGCAGAAGGAUGGACAGCGCUUCAUUAUGCUGCAGCAAGGUAA